AUGGCUGAUAAACGAUCAUCUGCGUCGACGUUAGACAAGGAAGCCUCUGUCCGGGUUGAGGAACUGAAGAGAACACCGAUUUACAACGCUCAUGUCGAUACGAGUGGAGUGGACGAGCGCAAGCUCAUGAGGAAAAUAGACCUCCGUCUCAUUCCAUGGUUGUCUUUUUUGUAUCUACUCAGUUUCCUUGAUCGAACUUCAAUCGGAAAUGCAAAGUUGUAUCACUUGAAAGAUGAUCUCCACUUGAACGAUACACAAUACCUGCUCUCUCUUACAAUAUUCUUCUUCUCUUACGCAAUAUUCGAAGUUCCCUCCAAUGUUUUCCUGAAGCGAUUGCGCCCAUCUAUAUGGUUGUCAGCACUCAUGUUCCUGUGGGGCAUCAUGAUGCUAGAUCUGACAGCGGUCGGAAAGACUGUACAAGGUCUCGUCCAUAACUACGGAGGUCUCCUGGGCAUGCGGUGGAUGUUGGGAGUGUUCGAGGCUGGUCUGUUUCCAGGCGUGAAUUAUUAUCUUUCCUGUUGGUACAAGCGAUCUGAAUUCGGCUUGCGUGCCGCCCUAUUCUUCUCAGCCGCGACAGUAUCGGGUGCUUUCGGUGGUUUGCUUGCAGCAGCUAUAUCCAACAUGGAAGGCAUCGGGGGCAAACCAGCGUGGGCGUGGAUAUUUAUUUUAGAAGGCCUAGCCACCGUCGUCGCAGGCAUUGUGUCUUUCUGGAUUAUCCAGGACUUCCCCGACACCGCGAAGUUCCUCUCAGAGGCUGAACGCACGGUCGUCGUACGCCGGCUGCAAGGGGACGACCAGUUCAGUGCCGCUGGGGAGAAACUUCGCUGGAAGUACAUCUGGCAGAGUCUUCUGGAUUGGAAGACUACAUCCGUCAAUGCCUCCGUUAAAGUGAUGGUCUACGCCGGAAGUGAUAUGCCUCUGUACGCGUUCUCGCUAUUCUUGCCCAGCAUCAUCAAUCAGUUCUACUGUCAUUCACACAUCGUGCGCGAGAUAGGGGGUGCCGGCUACAUCAUCCUUAUCGCUUCUCAGAAUGCCGCGUUAUCUUACUUCGCCGUAUACUUGGCUACAUGUGGGAUAUACCCUGUAAUCCCCAAUACUAUUGCGUGGGUUUCGAACAAUGUCGAAGGGUCUUACAAGCGAAGCGUCUCUCUUGCCAUGACCAUCAGUUUCGGGAACAUCAAUGGAGCUGUCAGCUCUAACGUAUAUCGCGAUGUCGACAAGCCAUGGUACCGCCUCGGCCAUGGCCUAGUGCUCAUGUACAUUGGCUUUGGGAUUGUGUUCUCUGUGAUCUACCGCGUGCUACUCAAAGCUGAGAAUGAACGGCGCGAUCGUGGCGAGCGUAACGAGAUCAUCGGAGACACGAAUACCGAUGGGCCUGUAAACGAAAAGAAUGGGAUUUACCCGACGGUGGACGAGGCGAAGAGAGACAAAGGCGAUAGUUGGAGUGGAUAUCGCUACACUUUGUAA